UGAUAGGAGAAACUCUAGUAACAACUCUGUUGCAGUAGUAUAUUUUAGUUACUAGGAAAUAAAAGUAGUGAAACCAUACAAUUAUAUUCAGAGACACUCGCAAUUCACAUUGUCAAAUAACAAUAAAAUUAAAACAGUAUUGUCGUCCAUCGUCGUUUACUAAUUUUGCCAAAAUAUGUCAAUGAAAUAACAAAAAUGGGCAAAACGAGAGACAAUCGAUGCGCGACAUGUGGAAAAGUGUUUACAACACGACGAGCGUUGAACAUUCACGCGACGAUUCACAGCGGCGAAAAGCCGUUCCAGUGCGAAAUUUGUGGAAAGCGAUUUUCUAAUGACGAAAUUCUAACAGGUCACACGAAACUCCAUUCCGACCACAACCGCGAAGGUUUCGCACGUAGCAGUAAAUCGACAACUGCACUAAGAAGACACCUUUUUUCAAAAUUUCCCCAUGACCCGAAGGUGAGAAUCCGUCGAUGUGAUGUUUGCCUGAAAAUUUGUAAAUCCGCAACGGAAUUAAAAUUACACGCGAAAACUCAUUCGGAGGAAUGGCCACAUUCGUUAGAUGUUCGCGACGAAGCCUUUACGCAGAAAUCACAUUUCCGGAAACACAAGGAAAAAUUUCCAUCGUACUUGCAGAAAAGCAUAGAAAAUGUAGAAGAGCCAGCAUAUUCCUUUGAAAGACCAUCGACCAGUGCUCAGACAAAGAAGCCAAUGGAAUAUGAUAAAACUGCUUCGGGACAAAUUAUUAAUACUUUUACUUCGAAGAACACCGAAGAAUUGAUUGAAGACAUGACCGUGGAUUUAGAAAAUAUGCAGUUGGACAAAUCGUUACGACAGAAAUUUGAAGAAAUGGAAAUUGAAGAAAAGAAAUUCCAAUGUCAGUUCUGUCAACAAGAAUUUCCUGACCAAGUUUCGCGAAAGAAACACGAAAAAGAAUUCCAUCACUCUAAUUAAAUAAUUCUCGACGCUUAAUUUUGAAAAUUAUCCAUGUUUUGGUGUUUCGUAACAAAUCAAAAUUGAGUUUUUGGUAUUACAAUUUCGGUUACUGUAAACGUUAACUGUAAAAUCUACCCAGAAAUUAGCCUUUUAAGACUCGAGUCACGAAUUUGCUAUUUUCUAAAUGUGAAUUUUGAAUAUUAUUGUACUGCCUUUUGUAAAAGUUUAAUAAUAAAAUAUGCACUAACAUUUUAUAGUCAC